AUGUCUUCGUACACAUCAUCAGACUUUUCACGCACCAGCGACCAUGCUCUCAGCUACUCGUCCCCGGAAAGUGAACAGUCGCUUUUUGAUGCCAAUCCCGAGACCGACAAAGAAGGUUUUUUGAACUCGCUCCAUCGUGCAGGCGGUCCAUACCUUUGCUCUUUACCAGCAGUUUCGGCCAUAUUACGCAAAGAUUCGCAAACCACCCCAAAUAAUCAUGCUCUAAUAGAGGAUAUUUAUGUCCUACAGGAUAACACGAGAAGAAUACUAGAAGAAGAGGGACUUUCUUACAAGUCUGUUGCUCUUGUUGGCCGUCAGUCCAAGAUAAGGCCAGAAAAUAGCCCGAUUCCCACUAUUGUGAUCGAUUUAGAAAGGCAGCAAGACGACCUGAAAGACUGGCGAAAAGUCUCCAAGCUGAUAUAUACGAAUGUAGCUUCACGACAUGAAGGGUUGUCCGUGGAGUUGAUUGACCCAGCGAUGGAGAUUUUACCUUGUUGCUCGCCAAUCCAAGCUUCCGAUAACAUUCGCUUGAAAUGGCCAUCCAUCAGGGACCAGAUUCUCGAGCAAAUGAGCAUAUGGGAAUGGACCGGGCUGUCUUUGUGGAGAUACGGACGAAAUCCAGACACUUCAAGAAAUCCUGUCACCAUCAUCAUCUGUGUUCGCCAAGAUUCGACACGGACAUUCCAUACUGAUCGGAGGAAGAUUUGGGCGAUCUGUGCGGAGCAUGGAGAGAGGAACGUCUCAAUCUUGUUUAUGAAGGACAGUCUGCAGAGAUUUUGUAGACAGGAUUGCUGGAGUGUACCGCAGCUUCCACUAAAAGCUUGUGUCGCGACUGCGCUUCCAGGGGUAAGCCUUGGAAUCCAUCAGAGUACAGCGGGCUCCUCGACACUUGGGGGAGCGCUUGAGCUCCGAUUUGCGGACCAGCCUGGGUGGCAGAAAUACUACACCACAUGUUUUCAUUGCGUGUACCCCCCACCCCAACACCGUGAGACCCUCCUAGCCAUCAACGGAGCUAUGCAAGGCUUUGCACGGUGGGAGACCAAUGCGCCGAGCUUUGACGAUCAUGUGCUCCCAGAGUUAUUGCGUAUAGAUCAUCCAAGCAACUCGGAUCUGAGACAAGCCGUCGAGAGUGAGAAGGCCUCGUUUGAAGGUUUUAGAGAUAGGCGAUUCACAGAACUGGAAUCUUGGGUCACGGCGCUUGAAGAAGGAGAAGAUGCAUUUAUCACAUCGAAAGAGAGGAAGUUCUACGAGAAGCAGCGUCAGAGACUUGAUGUUGUGCAGAACCGCCUGACAACGUACGAGAGAUUUCUCUCAAACAAAGUGAAUAUCUUAGGGAAGGUAGUAGCCGGCAGCGGCCAGUGGCGCGCUAAGGAGCGGCAGAUCGACGGCGGCAUCCAGCAAGGUCUGGGGAUUAUGGAUUGGGCAUUGAUAUCGGCUCUGGCUCCACGGAUUGGAUCAAACAAGCCCUUUCCUUACUCUGAAGGGGCCCAGGCCUACGAUGUCGUAUUUUUCUUCUCGAAUUCCGACCGUCUCGAACCAGAUAUGCGUCUUUUUAAGUCUGGUCGAUCCACCCAAAACACAGAGGGAAGGUAUGCGGGCGUGAUGCAAGCACGGAUCCACCGAGAAACAAAUACACAAGGCGAGCGGGUUCCAGUUGUCACCUAUGAGCACGAAAUAAGCGCCCUCUAUGGAAAGAUUUUUGCGGAGCCCGGUGACUCUGGGUCAUGGAUCUAUACGCAGAAUGGGGCUGUGGUGGGAAUGUUGAUUGGAGGCAGCGAACGGAUGAAUACAUUUGACUUCAUUGAAAUUGGCGACCUGAUGCGAGACAUUCAAGUGGUCACUGGCGCACUUGAAGUACGGGUGGCUGAGGAUUGA